AUGACGGUGGUGGAACUGAUACUUCGCUACUCAAAAUACGAAUCCGCUAAGAUGUCUUAUUGGAGAAGUGAAGAGCGUCGAAGGGUACUGCAACAAUUUUUACAACUAUAAAAAGAAAGUUAGAUUUUUUAAAUAUUGUCAUUCCAUGAGAAAUCAUAAAGGUUGAGCCAAUUGGACAAAUGAAUUUGCUAGAUUUUACAAAAUACUAACCUCAAUUAUAAAAUAUGAUUUUGUCAUUCUAGCUUCUGGGAAUUACUGGUUAUGGAGCAAUGGCCAACAUGUCGUCCAGGACUUUGACACUCAAGGUGUUGACACUUAUUGGCCAAAAAUACAAUGUGGUUGCAACAUCAGCUCUAAACAAGGAAAUUGUGUUGGCAGUGAGUACCGAGACUUUGAAUUUGAGGAAUGGUUUGAGGAAUUUGAGGAACUAAAAGUAAAUGUAGGUUACCUUUGUUUAUUUCUAAUCUUCCACUGUAGCGCAAGUUCAUACGAGAGAAAACAACUGCAGAAGCAAAGAAACUUAAGGAUUUCUGGGGAAGCUUCUACCAAUGGAAGCUGAAGAAGUUUCCCAGCACCAUCACCAGGGAGGAAUGGCAGAUGAUUAAAAUGGAGGACCAAGCUUCCUACCCAGAAUAUGAUGUUUGA